AUGGGUGGCUUUCCUUUGCUCGAUUUGAAGUCGAUGGCGGUGAUGCGGAAGAUGCCCGGGCUGUCAUCUUACUUAGGGGACCCGGAGCUCUCCGGGGAGUCCUUGGUGGAGCUGUUGGAGUUCGCUAAGGAGAAAGUGCCGAACGACUGGCACAAGGUCACGGAAGUUAGGCUAAUGGCAACAGCGUGCUUGAGAAUGGUCGAAGUGGGACUGAGGGAAAGAAUUUUGGAGUCUUGCAGGAGGGUCCUGAGAUUGUCAGGCUUUCAAUUCAAAGACGAUUGGACGACUAUGAUACCGGGUUUUGAUGAAGGCGUGUAUGCUUGGGUUGCUGCAAAUUAUGCACUUGGAAGUUUGGGAAGUGAUCCUGAGAACACGACUGGGAUACUUGAGCUUGGUGGAGAAUCAGCACAGGAAUGGGAUGCUCUGAUGCUAUCUAAUUUUGCACUUGAGAAUCAAUUACACACAGCUAGGCAAAAGUUGAGUCAUCUCUGUAUCAGUUCUACUACGAACAGACUAAUCACUGCCAAGGAUCACGCAUCCGUCCAAAUCAAUAUUGGACACUUGGAUGAUAAUGGAGUGUACACUGGCCAGUAUACCACUUUUGCUCUUUCUGGCUUUAUUCGUGCUCAGAUCAUGGAGGAAAGUGAGACCUCUAAGGAGAAUGCUGAAAGGCCUCCGCGAGUGGAUCACUGGGCAGAGAAAGGAUCAAUCCCCUAG